AUGCUAAGAACGCUAUCGAGAUCAAAGCAAUCUAGUAACAUUCUGGCAUUGCUUAAGUCAAGCAAUUCUGUUUACUCACGAAGUUUUAUUACCACAGGUGCUCGUCUCAAUGUAGAGAAGCCCCCAUUGAGAAUAGAACGAGAAUUGCCAAAUCCUUUUGCUGAUCGUAAAAAACAUAUGUGGCAAUUGGUGGGGUUUUCUGUAACAAUGGCUCUCACUCUGUCUCUAAUUUUCAACUAUGAAAAGACACAGAAUCCAAUUAUAGAUACGACGUUACAUCAGUUACGUGGAUCUAAUAUUACACGUAAUAUCUUAGGUGAAAAUAUUCAAUUUGAUGGCUUGGUUCCUUGGGUCUAUGGGAAAUUGAAUCCAGUGGCUGGAAAGGUCGAUAUUAAAUUUUAUAUUAAGGGAACUAAAGACAAGGUAGGAACUAUCAAAUUGAUUGCUGACAGAAAUAAUCAUAAUGAGGAAUUCCUAAUUCAUGAAUGGAGUUUAACUGUUGACGAUCAGAAAUAUGAUCUUCUUACAGAAAAUUUAACCAUAAAUUGA